UUUCAGAUAAACCAAACGUAUACUUUGGAAGUGGCCUUUACCUCUCGGCUAAUUAAUAGUCUGUCUGGUCUUUAUUACAGUACCUAUACAAGGAAUGGCAAUCCUGUGUAAGUUUCAAUGUAAUUGUGGAGUUGUCUUCCCUUCUUGGUGCAUGUACAAGCUUCAGUAUUGUAAUGGGGUACCAGCUGUUAUUAGGUCAUUUUUGUCAUGGGGUACCAGCUGUUAAUAGGUCAGUUUUGUAGUGGGAUACCAGCUGUUAUUAGGUAAUGUUUGUAGUAGAGUACCAGUUUUUCUGUUACCAGAACAUAUCUCUAGUGGGGGUACCCAUUAUUAUGUAGUUGAGUACCAGAUAUUGUGAUGCAAUGGGAUUAAUUGUUUUAAUAUGAAUUAUUGCAUCACAGUUAUUAUGUUCAUGCAAUGAUUUAAAGCAAAAUUUAUGAUAAUUUUAUUUUAAAAAUCUGAAUCCAUGAAUAAACUGUGCCCAGAAUUCUGGAUCCAUGACUUAAAUGUGCUUAACAUUUUGAUUCCAUGACAUAACUCUGCCUAACAUAUUCAUAUUUUAGUUCACCAGAAGUAUAUUUUAAAAUUACUUUAGAAUUGAGCCUGACAUAUUUAUUUAUUUCCAUCUACAGUUACCUGGCCACAACCCAGUUUCAGCCAACAGAUGCCAGGAAAGCCUUUCCGUGCUUCGAUGAGCCCGCCAUUAAAGCAACAUACAACAUCACACUUGUUAGGCCAAUCAAUUUGACAUCCAUUUCUAACAUGCGCAUCAUCAACAACAGCACAACUGUGUAAGUUCUAACAGUAUGUUUAAAACCUAUAAGUGCCAGUGGUAAAGCCACUUUAAAAUUCUUAAUAUUUACAUCGUAACAGUAUUAAUAGUUCUAGCGAUGGGCCAUGAUCAUGGUUAAAUUGAUAGCAAGGUAUGCUUCUGAAACAUCUCAGUGAUAGUUACGUUGAAGCAUCCAACAAAACCAAUGUAUUCAUGAUAUUGAAAUAAUAAAAGUGGCCAGGGAAUUCCAAAACUAUCACCUUAAUCUAAGUCAUAUCCAUGCAGAAGUGAGGCAGGUGUUACUUAUGUAAAGGAUGUUUAUAAAACUGUCACCUUAAUCUUGGUCCUAUCCAUGCAGAAGUGAGGCAGGUGUUACUUAUGUAAAGGAUGUUUAUAAAACUGUCACCUUAAUCUUGGUCCUAUCCAUGCAGAAGUGAGGCAGGUGUUACUUACGUAAAGGAUGUUUAUGAAACUGUCAUCUUAAUCUUGGGUCCUAUCCAUGCAGAAGUGAGGCAGGUGUUACUUACGUAAAGGAUGUUUAUGAAACUGUCACCUUAAUCUUGGUCCUAUCCAUGCAGAAGUGAGGCAGGUGUUACUUACGUAAAGGAUGUUUAUGAAACUGUCAUCUUAAUCUUGGGUCCUAUCCAUGCAGAAGUGAGGCAGGUGUUACUUACGUAAAGGAUGUUUAUGAAACUGUCAUCUUAAUCUUGGUCCUAUCCAUGCAGAAGUGAGGCAGGUGUUACUUACGUAAAGGAUGUUUAUGAAACUGCCAUCUUAAUCUUGGGUCCUAUCCAUGCAGAAGUGAGGCAGGUGUUACUUACGUAAAGGAUGUUUAUGAAACUGUCAUCUUAAUCUUGGGUCCUAUCCAUGCAGAAGUGAGGCAGGUGUUACUUACAUAAAGGAUGUUUAUGAAACUGUCAUCUUAAUCUUGGGUCCUAUCCAUGCAGAAGGGAGGCAGGUGUUACUUACGUAAAGGAUGUGCAUGAGACAACACCAAAAAUGUCCUCCUAUCUGCUGGCAUUCAUCUUCUGCGACUUCACCUACACUUCUGGAAUAACACAAAAUGGAAUCCUUGUAAGUUUUCUCUCAAAUUUGUAUUUACUGCCCCUACUCCUCUGCCGUUACUCCUCUGCCCCUACUCCUCUGCCCCUACUCCUCCGCCCCUACUCCUCCGCCCCUACUCCUCCUCCCCUACUCCUCUGCCUCUACUCCGCCCCUACUCCUCUCCCCUACUCCUCUCCCCUACUACUCUCCCCUACUCCUCUCCCCUACUCCUCUGCCCCUACUCAUCUGCCCCUACUCCUGUGCCCCUACUCCUCUCCCCUACUCCUCCGCCCCUACUUCUCUGCCAUUACUCCUCUCCCCUACUCCUCCGCCCCUACUUCUCUGCCCCUACUCCUCUGCCCAUACUCCUCUGCCCAUACUCCUCACUACUACAAAAAGAACUAAAACACUCUUAUCUUAAAAUCACUUUUUAACACACAAAAAUUGUCCUUUCUAAGCCAAUGUUUUCAUUUAUGUCUUAUAACCACUGUUUUCAUUUAUGUCCAUUUGCACUAAAACGCCCCUACCUAUGUAGUACAUACAAACGCCCCUACCUAUGUAGUACACACAAACGCCCCUACCUAUGUAGUACACACAAACGCCCCUACCUAUGUAGUACAUACAAACACCCCUACCUAUGUAGUACAUACAAACGCCCCUACCUAUGUACUACACACAAACGCCCCUACCUAUGUAGUACACACAAACGCCCCUACCUAUGUAGUACACACAAACGCCCCUACCUAUGUAGUACAUACAAACGCCCCUACCUAUGUAGUACAUACAAACGCCCCUACCUAUGUAGUACACACAAACACCCCUACCUAUGUAGUACAUACAAACGCCCCUACCUAUGUAGUACACAAACGCCCAUACCUAAGUAGUACACAAAAACACCCCUACCUAUGUAGUACACAAAGACACCCCUACAUAUGUACACACAAACGCCCCUACCUAUGUAGUACACACAAACGCCCCUACCUAUGUAGUACACAAAAACGCCCCUAUCAGAAUCCAACCCACAAAACUUUUCCACUUGAAACAUUAUUAAUGCCACAGUAAAACAAUUUUUUGACCAGUAUCGGGCAUGGUCAAGACCAGAAGAGGUCAACAGCACAUUGUAUGCCUUGGAUGUUGGCAUGAAAAUCAUCACAUAUUACGAGCAUUUUUUUCAAAUCCGCUUCCCACUUCGUAAACAAGGUAAUCAGUUGUGCUUGUCUUUUUUGGUGCUUUUUUAAAAUUUGGUUGGGGGUUAUUUUUGUUUGAUUUUUAAAGUUAUUUUAUUUUGGAUGCGGGAAUAUAAUAAUUAUAGUGUUAAUUGGAUAUACAGUGGAACCUCGGAAUCCGAACUUAAACCCUCCCAGAAACCCGUUAAAAUUCCAAAUCGUUCAGUUUUAAAAAAAAAUAAAUUCCCUUUAAAAUACAAUUUUUAAAAAAAAUGGAUUAAUAAGUUUCUGGGUCCCACAGACUUGAUGUCAUAAAAAGAUGGAGUACAUCUGAUAUCAAUGCAUAAAUAAAUGACACAAGUAAAAGAAAUAUAGUAAUCCAUAUUGGCAUAGUAAUAAUAUUUUGUUAAAGAAUGUCUCAACAACACAAGAGCUCUCAGUGUAAUUACAAAAAAAUUAGGAUUGGAUCCUGUCCUCCCUGCGUUCAUUGUGUUCUGUGGUGCGCUCUCAUUCACUGCUUCACCCAAUUGUACUCACCAAAUGCACACAUAAGAACAUUUUUGCUACCCACCACUCAUUGGCAACUUACAAGCCAUGCCUAAAAGUAAGUCAAAUGAAGGUUCUGAGGGGAGAGAUGGAAAGUUUUGUAACAGUUAAAUUACGUAGCUUUUCCUGUCAUUCUAAUGAUUUUAAGUGUCCCGGUUUUAAAUAUAAAAAAAUUCAGUGUCUACAUUUUCAUUUUUUUAAAAAUGGGAACCUUAAAAAGCACCAAAAAAAAUUGUCUGGGCAUUCAGAUGCCAAAGGGAAUUUGCUUGAAUUUUUAGUUCAGAUUGCAAGUUCCGGGGUUUUAAUGUAAAGGCAAUAAAAUCAGUUGAUUGAAAACAUAAUAUGUCUACAAAAAUCAAUUAAUUGUGAAUGUAUUAACUACUGAAAAAAAAAAUCAAUUCAUGCAAUGAUAAAAAAACACUAUCAGCUAAAGCAGUGCUAUGAAUACUGGUACGUAAGUUUUUUUAUAUAUAACAGUCAGGGCUGGAUUGAACUAAUGAAGGGCUCUCUGCUAUUCCAUUUGGGAACCCUUCUACCCCCCCCCUCAAAAAAUACACACACCCACCAAAAAAUCGUUUAAUUAAUUUUAUCCUUGCACAAUUGUUUUAUAUAUUUUAUUAUUUUAUAUCUUAAUAAUACUUAAUAACAAAUAUUCCAAAAAAUAUACAUUGUAUUACCUGGAAUGUGUCCUUAUAGUUGCAAUGUCUACCUGACAGUGCACACUAAAUAUUACUUAACUUAUUAUUAAACAAUGUGUUUCAUAAUUCUUUUUAGUAAUGAUGGAUGAAGGAAAACCGAUUUAAAUACCUACAGUAAGAUUAAUUAUUUUUGUUUAAGCUUGCUCAUAGCUUAAUCGGCGGGAAAAUUCAUAAAAAAUUUGUUUUCUAAAUUGAUCAUUUUUGAUGCAGGAAAUACGUAAUGAUGAUGACAGAAUAAGUCCUUCUGUGGGCCUAUGGCUCUGUUUAACAGUGAUGAAAUUCUCACAGUUCAUGAUCUUUGGGAUAUAUUUCCUCCAACAGUUCCUCAUAAAUUUCUUGCCAAUACUUUUUUAUGUCAUGAUACUUAUGCUGAGUAGCUCUGCCUCUUGUAUUAGAUUCAAGUGCAUCUAAUGUAGGACAAAAUAAUUUUAUCCUGAAUUAUUUUGGUAGANUUUUCUAAAUUGAUCAUUUUUGAUGCAGGAAAUACGUAAUGAUGAUGACAGAAUAAGUCCUUCUGUGGGCCUAUGGCUCUGUUUAACAGUGAUGAAAUUCUCACAGUUCAUGAUCUUUGGGAUAUAUUUCCUCCAACAGUUCCUCAUAAAUUUCUUGCCUAUACUUUUUUAUGUCAUGAUACUUAUGCUGAGUAGCUCUGCCUCUUGUAUUAGAUUCAAGUGCAUCUAAUGUAGGACAAAAUAAUUUUAUCCUGAAUUAUUUUGGUAGAUUUUAUCUAAUGCCUGUGUUAGGAUUGCGAAAUUGUCUUAAUGUUUCUUUUGUGUCUUUGUCUCCUUAAUUAACGCAGCUUCAUAGCCACCAUUUUGCUGUGUUGAUUUAAUUUUAGCACAAAUUAGACAUGUCUUUCUCUAGAUAUGAUAGCUAUACCAGAACAUGUCUUUCUCUAGAUAUGAUAGCUAUACCAGACUUUGCAGCUGGUGCUAUGGAAAACUGGGGUCUUAUCACCUACAGGUAAGUUUGUGCAAUAAUAUCCAGAUUGCAUAUACAUAACUGGUCUUAUAUACCUAACGGGUCUUAUAUAUAUAACAGGUCUUAUAUAUAUAAGGUGCUAUGGAAAACUGGGGUCUUAUCACCUACAGGUAAGUUUGUGCAAUAAUAUCCAGAUUGCAUAUACAUAACUGGUCUUAUAUACCUAACGGGUCUUAUAUAUAUAACAGGUCUUAUAUAUAUAUAACAGGUCUUAUAUGCAUCACAGGUCUUAUAUACAUAACUGGUCUUAUAUACCUAACAGGUCUUAUAUAUAUAUCAGGUCUUAUAUGCAUCACAGGUCUUAUAUACAUAACUGGUCUUAUAUACCUAACAGGUCUUAUAUAUAUAACAGGUCUUAUAUGCAUCACAGGUCUUAAAUACAUAACAGGUCUUAUAUACAUAACAGGUCUUAUAUGCAUCACAGGUCUUAUAUACAUAACAGGUCUUAUAUGCAUCACAGAUCUGGACAAAGUUCUCAGGCUUCUUCAGGGUUAUGACAAAGUUGGGGACAAGUUAAAAAAACAAAAACAUUCCGGGGGAGAGGCACUGUCCAAAAUGUAUUAAAUAAUAGCUCUAUCUUCUCUUGUUGAUGUAAAACUAUUUGAUGUGCUAUCUUCUCUUGUUGAUGUAAAACUAUUUGAUGUGCUAUCUUCUCUUGUUGAUGUAAAACUAUUUGAUGCUCUAUCUUCUCUUGUUGAUGUAAAACUAUUUGAUGCUCUAUCUUCUCUUGUUGAUGUAUGACGGACUAUUUGAUGUGUUAUUUUCACAAGAGAAACUGCAAUGCUGUACAAAGACGGUGUUUCCAAUGAAGCCAACAGAGAGAGAGUGGCUGUUGUAGUGUCCCAUGAACUAGCUCACCAGGUCAGUUUUAGAGUAAACCCGGUCAGCCAUGACCUGACGGCAGACUUAAACAUUUCAAGGGAACUCUGACAUGUCUGCAUUUAGUAUCAGUCCAAAAACGAGAAAACUUCAAGCAAAAAGCAAGAAUUAUUAUUAUUUAAAUGUGCUUAUUAUUGUAAGACCAAAAAAAAUCAUUUAAUUUUUAAUAAUCUUACUUCACAAAUGUGAAAAGCAGAAAUUUUCAAAAAAUAAGACUCGCCCACCGCCAGGGGCCUCCCCCUCAACAUCUAGUGCUGGUCAUUUGGUCGACAGGUGCGCUUGAGUUUCUGGUACCAGGCUGCAAUGCCGGCAGGCAUUGUUAUUGUGUAGCCUGUGAAAGCAUGCUAAGAAAUCUAACAAACAACUGAGCAAGUCGGUGGCUUGGGUACGUACAACUCAAUGGCAGGAGUUGUGUUAUGUACACAGGGUGUCAGGUACGUACAACUCAAUGGUAGGAGUUGUCUUAGGUACACAGGGUGUCAGCCAUGUACAACUCAAUGGCAGGAGUUGUGUUACAUACACAGGGUGUCAGCCAUGUACAACUCAAUGGCAGGAGUUGUGUUAGGUACACAGGGUGUCAGCCAUGUACAACUCAAUGGCAGGAGUUGUGUUACAUACACAGGGUGUCAGGUACGUACAACUCAAUGGCAGGAGUUGUCUUAGGUAUACAGGGUGUCAGCUGUAUAAAAUCCUAGCAUUGUUUGACCUACAACUCAUGACCAGUGGUGCAGGAAGGGGUACAGAGGGGGUGGUCCACCCGGAUGGCUUCUUUUUCCUUAUAUUAAAGAGCAACAUGUUCGGCCAACUGCAAAGUAUUUUUCAUGAAAUUGAGUGGAGACAAAAAGCUUGGCCCACCCCGGGCGGACCCCACCCCCUGCUACGCCACUGGGCACGAUUAACAAUUUCUAUUACAGAACAAUAUUUUUGUAACCUCUCAGCCAACCAAAUUGAUUUUUUUGCUGCAUUUCAUAUUUCCAAGGACAAAAGUCUUCAUGUUUUUAAAAUGCUUAACGUCUCAUUUAGUUGUUUUUUUAAAUUAAUGCUUUUCAUUUUCUCCAUACACCUUUGCAAAGCAAAGGUUUACAGCUAGUAUUUCAUGUUGAUUCAACCUCAACCCAGUCCCCAAUAUGCUCAUUAAAUAUUAUAAAUGUAUGGGCCCUACCUCAUCAAUAUGUUGUAAAGGUUUAAAACUGAUAUUUUACUCUGCAUAUCUCUAGUGGUUUGGUGACCUUGUAUCUCCAGCAUGGUGGGAUGACUUGUGGCUGAACGAGGGCUUCGCUACAUUUGUGGAGUACCUUGGUGUAGACUUUGUACAUCCUGAUUGGAAAAUGGUUUGUGAAAUGUUACUGUUCAUAAUCUCGUGCUCUGCUAAUGGUAGGCCAAUCAAAUUUCUUAUUUUUCAACUAAACUCUCAUUAAAAAAUAGCCACUGCCUAAUUUCAUAUCAAAUAGUCACGCAAUCUCAUUAUCAAAUAGUCACACAAUCUCAUAACAAAUAGUCAUACAAUCUCAUAUCAAAUAGUCACACAAUCUCAAAUCAAAUAGUCACAUAAUCUCUUUCAAAUAGUCACAAAAUCUCAUAUCAAAUAGUCACAAAUCUCAUAUCAAAUAGUCACAUAAUCUCAUAUCAAAUAGUCACAUAAUCUCACAUCAAAUAGUCACAAAUCUCAUAUCAAAUAGUCACACAAUCUCAUAUCAAGUAGUCACAAAAUCUCAUAACAAAUAGCCACAAAAUCUCAUAUCUAAUAACCACUAAUGCAAUUUUUAAAAAUAUUUCAAAACAGUGGACUUUUUCUUUUAGAAUGAUUCUUUAAAUAUUUAUUUUAUGUUAAACUUUGUCACACUAUAACAUUGAUAGCUCAAAGUUUUAAAAAAAAAUUGAAUUAUGGGAUUUUAACAAUGGAAAUAAAUAUUCAAUUAGUGAAUUGCAAAGUAAGGGGAGAAAAUGAAUUAUAUUCCUAACACAGAGUGUUGUUAGACAGUUUGUCACACUAUAACAUUGAUAACUCAAAGUUUAAAACUGUCUUACAACAAGCUGUGUUAGGAAUAUAAUUCAUUUUCUCCCCUUACUUUGCAAUUCACUAAUUGAAUAUUUGUUUCCAUUGUUAAAAUCCCAUAAUUCAAUUUUUUUUUUUCCUUUGUGUGUUCCCAAAAUGCCACAUUCCUUUCCAGUUGUGUAGUCCUAUUCUCAUAAUCCAAAAUUUCUUUCCUUUUAUUCAUUUGCUCUGCAGUUUGACACCUUUGUGGUCAGUGAAUUACAAGAUGCCCUGGCUUUUGAUGGUCUGGUGUCCUCCCAUCCCUUGUAUGUCCCUGUAGGACAUCCUGAUGAGAUCAAUGAGAUAUUUGACGCAAUCUCAUACGCCAAGGUCAAUCUAUAAGCCAGCCCUGUAUAUGUUUAUUUUCACAUGGUGGAGAUUAAGUGUCCGUAGCCAAGAAAAAAAACUAAAUAGGAAUUGAUGGUGCUGACAGGCAAUGACCAAUGUCCUGAAAAGAACUUGUGAGAUCAUGGCCUUUAUUUUGAUAUCAAUCAAAGAAGAAAUCAAAUAUGAAAAUAAGAUGAAUUCCCAUUUUCUGCAAAAAAUAUGAAUUUAUUACACCCCCAUUCAUUAUAAUGAUCUAAGAUAUGGUACAAACAUGUUGUAAGAGCUAAUCUAAGAUAUGUUACAAACAUAUAUAUAAGAAUGAGCUAGAGUGACACAACACCAAAAGGGAGAUAUGAUUUAAUUUAAGUACGUUUGGAUUCCUAAAAACAAUCAUAGUUAUUUUCUAUUAUUUUACGGAAAUCAAAUAAAUUUAAAUGCGCAAAAAAUAUUCUAAAUCCGCUUUUAUUUUAGUAAAAGUUUAAGUAUUAUAAAUGUAAAUUACCAAUACAUUUAAAGUAUCAAAAAAGGAACUAUUUUAAGCAUUUUUUAUGUAUUUGAAAGUUAUGAAAAAAAAACAAAAAAACAUCAUGAUCAAAGAAUUACACUGUAAUCACGUAUAUUGGGAAAAACCAAGCAUCAGUCGUUUUUAGUGCGUCUUUAAUAUUGCGAAUUAAAAUUAAUUUGUUCGAAAUAAUCACGCAAAUGACCUCAUAGCACGAAAAGCCUAUUUCUCCAAAACUCUUAGGUUUCUUUAAAUUUAAUAACCAUGCGUGACAAAGCUGAUAAUUUAUUUUCCCUUCUUAAAAGUAAAAGUAAUAAAUACAAAUAAUUGCUUUUUAAAUUGUUAAUAAAACACACACACAUUUUUGCUUUGUAUAUUUUUACAUUUAAAAAUUUAAAAAUUUUGCCUGUUUUGAUCCCAAAAAUGUACUUUUAUUAAAUUUAUAACGUAUAAAAACUAACCUUUAAAUAUAAUUCUAAUAAGAAAGUGCGGUUUAAGUCAAACAGUGCAGCGCCACUCCCUAGCUAAAUAGCAUUCACUAAUCCACUUACACCUCAUACAAAUAAGAACGAACCAUAUGAAGUGCUAAAGAUGUUAGUUUGGGUAUGGAAGGGACUAAAAUCCGGUGGAAGAUUUUCUAAAUUUAUUUAAAUCUGGGUGGGGGAAGGGUUGGUCACUUUGCCCCAGGCAGCACAAGAUAAUUGUCAAAAUAAAGGAAUUAAUUUGAUUAAUAAUUAACCUUCUUGGGUACAUUAAUAUCGGAGGUAGGAAAUAGGAUGUGUACAUUUUUACGUGGAUGACAAUAUAUUUAAAUCAUAUGGUAUUACAUUUAUGAAUAAAAGAGAUUUUGCAUUCUCUUUUUAAAAAUAUGGGUAUGUUCAUUUUGUCCAAGGCAGCAAAAGAUACGUCACAAAAUAAAGGAAUGAUUUUGAUAAAUAAUUAACCUUCUUGGGUAAAUACAUAGCAGAGAUAGGAAAAAGGAUGUGUUCAUUUUUACGUAAAUGACAAUAAAUUUAAAUACUAUGGUAUUACAUUUGUGAAAAAAGAGAUGUUAAAUUCUCUUUUUACAAAUAAACAUAUGUUUACCAAUUAAUAAAAUCAAUGGCGUUAACAAAUCGUGGGUAUAUUUAUAUAAGUAUAUCCAUGAAUAUCACAAACCAAUUGUUUUACACACUUGAAAAUUCAAUUUUGACAAAUGAAGAUGGGUUAAUAUUUCCUUUCUUAAAAAAAUGAAAAUAUGUUUUUGUUGUUUCUUUACAAAAAGUAAAGAUGUGUGUAUUUUUAUGAGAUUAACAAUUUAAUUAUUUUAAAAAGACAGUCAAAUCUGAUAUAGGCGUGAAAAGCAGUUGCGAGAUUUUUCUUAGUUACAUAAUUCUUUGUUUUACGAUUUUCUGAUAAUGUAUAAUUUUUAAAAAAGGCAAACGUAUGUGUAAAUUUUUUACAAAGACAUCAAUAUAUAUCGAAUUCCUGUAAUACAAAAUAUAUUGAUAUCAUAUAUAAAGUUUUUGUUGUAAAUUUAAGAUUAGGUUAUUAAAACAUUUGAGAGAAAAAAGUUGUAAUUCAAGGGCACGAAAAGGGGUAAAUCUUAAGUUUUUCUCUAGCGUAGUAAUUGUCACUCAAUUAAUUUCUUUAGUGACAAAAGUGAUAUAAUUAGUGAUAAUUUAGACUGGUUAAUUUAAGUUAAUGUGCAGAGGGGGAAAAGUAGUUUAGGAGUGUGACGGGGUGUAGGAUAUGUGUAUCAUAUAUAGCAGAUAAGCACUUCUCAAACGUAAAUAUCAUUACUUUACAUUUUAAAAGUUAUGAAUUGGGAUGAGUUUUUGCAAUAGCAGUUAGAAAUUAUUGCAAAGGACCUACCAUUAUUAUCCCGAUAACAUUGGGUCAUUUAUUCUAGUUUUGUAAGAGCUAAUCUAAGAUAUUUCACAAACAUGUUGUAAGAGCUAAUCUAAGAUAUGUUACAAACAUGUUGUAAAAGCUAAGAACUGUUUUUAACUGGGUCCUCUAUUGUUUAUUCCAGGGUGCUUCUGUCAUUAGAAUGAUGCGCCAUUUUCUUGGCUUGGGUACAUUCCAGAGAGGAAUGAAUGUGAGUUGACUUCAAACAUAUUUCUUCAACUUAAUUUAAAUACAUGUACCCAACUUGUUCUUAGUUAAUUAUAAAAUUUGUCAUUUAAAUACAUUUAUCAAAAUUUAACUUGUUCUAACCAUAUUAUUUUUUUAGCUUCAAACCUAUAAAUACAUGGAUGAAAAUGGUAACUGGGAACUUAUGAGUUGAUCUAUCUUGCCAAGAAUGUAGGCACAACUUGGUCUGUUUUGGCACAUGGAGGCAUACCAUGUAAAAGCACAAGAAAGCAUACCAUGUAAUAGCACAUGAAAACAUACCAGGAAAUGCAAAUAAAAAUAGAUCAUGAAAACCUCAUAUGUAACACAAGCACAUGGAAACAAAUGUAAUAAAAGCACAUGAAAACAUGUAAUAAAAGCACAUGAAAAUGUAUGUAAUAAAAGCACAUGAAAACAUAUGCAAUAAAAGCACAUGAAAACAUCAUAUGUAAUAAAAGCAUAUGAAAACAUAGCAUAUAACAGAGAUGAAAGCAUAGUUUGUAAAAGCAUAAUAUGAAAACAAGAAAUAGUAAAUCAAGACAUAGCAUGUUAUAAUAAGACGAAAAAUAAAAAGUGAAAAAAUAGCAUAUUAUAGCACAUUAAAACAGAAUGUAAUAAUAACUCAGAAUGCACAUUAAAACAUAGCAUGAAAAAUAAUAAUUCAGAAAACAUAGCAUGUAAUAAUAACAUUAUGGCAUAUGAAAACAGUAUUAAAUAGUACUGGGCUUUGGCUGGAAUAGAACUCCUGACCACCAACUUGAGAUUUGCUCAGUUUAGACCACUGGGCCACCCAGCAUGUAAUUUGUAAUUUAACCUAGAAAACAUAGCAUGUUUUACUGACACCCAUCCGUCACGAUGUGACGAUGGUGAAGACUUUGCAAGAUGAAAUCUACAAGGCCUGGGAUUAUUCUUCUAGGAUUAUAAGCUGGUUCCCAAAUGGCCUCUCUCCACACCGCUGGAUAACCCGGGGGAACAUCAGCUUGGCACCAGUAGCGUUGCAGGAGUUGUCGGAAUGUUUCAUUGUACCAAUGUUAUCCCCCUACGGGACACCAUCUCCGGCUUUGAAUUCAGAGUUUCCUUCUCUGAGAUGAGUUGCCAUCCAAGGUCCCAUCCGCCAGAGUCCCAUCCACCCAAGUCCCAUCCGCCCGAGUCCUAUCCACCCGGGAUGCUGGUGAUGUUUUUGCUUUACUGGGCUUUGGCAUGUAAAAGCACAUGAAAACAUAGCAUUUAAUACCACAAAAAACAGCGUGUAAUAGCACAUGAAAACAUAGCAGGUAAUAGCACAUGAAAGCAUAGGGUGUGGGGCACAAGAAAUCAUAGUAAGCAUUAGCAUAUGAAAACACAGCAUUUAAUAGCACAUUAAAACAUAGCAGGUAAUAGCACAUGAAAGCAUAGGGUGUGGAGCACAAGAAAUCAUAGUAAGCAUUAGCAUAUGAAAACACAGCAUGUAAUAGCACAUGAAGUCAUAGCAUUGUAUGUCACAUUGCCACUGGGUAUAACAAUUGCUCAUGCUUCAAUAGUAAAUUGUGUACCUUAACAUGCCUUUCGUGUUUAUGCUUUGCUUUUUCAAUUUUUAAUAUUUUCUUUUCAGAGAUACCUGACAUCAAAACAGUAUGAUGCAGCCUCCCAUGAUGAUCUUUGGUCAGCUCUUUCUCAGGUCAGACAUCUAUCUAUCAUGUCUCCUUCUUACUCAGGUCAGACAUCAAUCCAUCAUGUCUCCUUCUUACUCAGGUCAGAGAUCAAUCUAUCAUUUCUCCUUCUUACUCAGAUCAGACAUCUAUCUAUCAUUUCUCUGACACUUCAAAUUUUGGGUCAUAAAAAUAUUUAAAACAGGCCCCUAUGCAACUGGUUUUUAAAGAUUUUAUGAAUGGAGUCUAAGUCAUACAUGCCUACCUGCACGGUUUACCCGUACUUUGUUCAGCUUUUUGAUCCCACUGGUUGGAAGGUUGGCAUUGUUAGGCAGGUUAGUAUGUACGGCAGGUUGGCAUUGUUAUGCAGGUUAGUAUGUGUGGCAGGUUGGCAUUGUUAUGCUGGUUAAUAUGUGUGGCAGGUUGCAUGUAUGGCAGGUUGGCAUUGUUAGGCAGGUUGGCAUGUAUGCUAGGUUUGGCAUGUAUGCCAGGUUGGGAUUGUUAGACAGGUUGACAUGUAUGGUCUAAUUUCAUCCCAGCUUACGUCCGAACCGAAAGAAUCCUUGGACGGUGGGGGGGGAGGGGGUGAUAACGCAACACCUUCACCUUUCCCCCGGAGAGGAAGCAAAGCCGUCCUGACCCAUGAAGAGUUGACCACAAACGCUUUAAACGCAGCGUUUUCAGUCGACCGGACGUCCCCCAGGCCGGGGAAGGUUACCGGCGUGCUUCUGCGCGGUCUGGCAGCGGGGAGACCCGGCGUCUGGCUCUUGUGUGGGUGUGUCGGGGGGUAUUAAGAGCUCGCGCUCGACGACCCACCGACACCAUUUCCAAUGUGGCAUUAUUAGUAUGGUCUAAUUGCCUCUGACUUGUAUACACUUUAAACAAACUUUGGUCAAAUAAAAAAAUCAUUCACAAAACAGCCACAUUUUCGCAAUUUACCGAGUGAUGUGUACAAUAUUAAUAUCAUUCAUUAAUUAUUAUAGUGUUACUUCACUACAGUUUUAAAGUAGUAAAAAUGCAAUUCAUGAAUUAAAAUGUUUGAUAAAAAUCUUGUUCAUUUUGUUUGCUUGGUUUCCAUCAUGAAUUAAAUGUUUUGAGAUAGUGUAUAAAUAUUUAUAUUAUUUAUUUACAAUCAAGCAAGCCAGAACAGAAGGCAAAGACAUUGAUAUCAAAAGUGUUAUGGACACAUGGACACUUCAGAUGAACUACCCUGUGGUCACGGUGACCCGUACGACCGGUAGGGCUGACAGUGUCACUGUGACCCAGGGAAGAUACCUAGAUAACCCGGAUACCCCUGAGCUUGGAAAAUAUGUGUCUCCCUUUAAGUAAGUGUUGGAAAACAUGUGUCUCCCUUUGAGUAAGUGUUGGAAAAUAUGUGUCUCCCUUUAAAGUAAGUGUUGGAAAAUAUGUGUCUCCCUUUAAGUAAGUGUUGGAAAAUAUGUGUCUCCCUUUAAGUAAGUGUUGGAAAACAUGUGUCUCCCUUUAAGUAAGUGUUGGAAAAUAUAUGUCUCCCUUUAAGUAAGUGUUGGAAAAUGUGUGUCUCCCUUUAAGUAAGUGUUGGAAUAUAUGUGUCUCUCUUUAAGUAAGUGUUGGAAAUGUCUGUCUCUGUGCUACCUGUCAAUGUGCUACCUGCCACUGUGAUAUCAGUUCCUUUGCUAUCUGUCCUUUAGCUAUCUAUCCAUGUGCCAUCUGUCCCUGUGAUAUAUGUGCCUGUGCCAUCCAUGUGUCUCCCUUUAAGUAAGUGUUGGAAAAUAUGUGUCUCCUUUUAAGUAAGUGUUGGAAAAUAUGUGUCUCCCUUUAAGUAAGUGUUGGAAAAUAUGUGUCUCCUUUUAAGUAAGUGUUGGAAAAUAUGUGUCUCCCUUUAAGUAAGUGUUGGAAAAUAUGUGUCUCCCUUUAAGUAAGUGUUGGAAAUAUUGUUGUUUCCAUUGAAAUAAGUUUAGGAAUUUGGAGGAUAUGUCUCUCCCUUUAAGUAUGUUUGAUAGUAUGUGUCUCAAUUUAAACAAGUUUUUGAAAAUAUCUGUCUCAUAUGUGUCCAUGCAAACAUUCUAUUUUCUAUUUCAUUAAAUUUUAAAAUUUUAGUUUUUUUGUGUGUAUUAAUGUUGAAACUUCAAUCUCUAUUUAUUUAUGAGUAAAGAAUUACAGUCAGAAUAAGGUUUUAUCCAGAUUAAGACUUCAAAUGCUGAUCCAGAUUAGUAUUACUAAUGACAGUUCAAAUAGGGGGCAGGAUCACCACUGAUAUGUCAGAAACAAAAUUAAACCAACUUUGUCUUAAAAGAACUAGAACUUAUUCAUAUCACUUGGUCCCUGUGCUGUCUGUCCCUUUGUUGUCUGCCCCUGUGCUAUCUGUCCCUGUGCUAUUAUUGUUAGUGUUAUAAAUUCUUAUCACAAUAAUAUGACAAAAUCAUUUUUAAAAAAAACAUUUGUCCAAUGUUCAGCUACACUUGGGACAUUCCCUUGACCUUCACAACAUCUUACAGCCCAAACUUUAACCAGUCAGACCAAGAUGUCAGGUGGUUAAGGAGAAAUGAAUCUUCAAGUAAGUCGUCGUCCCGUCCCCGUUUCCCACUCCCCCCCCCCCCCCCCCCCCCCCCCCGCGUCCAAUAUUUGAAGAAGAAAAAAAAUACUAACAAUUGAAUUUCAUUUUCUGAACCAAAGGGAAAUUUAUGUAUGACUGAAAUAGAUGGUGUCGUUAUUUUAAUAUCCCCAAAAUAAAAAGAUUUUUAAUUCAAGUAUCACUCAAAUGGUUAUAAAACAUCAACUCAAAUUUCUAGAAACUCAACUCAAAUGUCCACGAAACAUCAACUCAAAUGUCCACAAAACAUCAACUCAAAUGUCCACAAAACAUCAACUCAAAUGUCCACAAAACAUCAACUCAAAUGUCCACAAAACAUCAACUCAAAUGUCCACAAAACAUCAACUCAAAUGUCCACAAAACAUCAACUCAAAUGUCCACAAAACAUCAACUCAAAUGUCCACAAAACAUCAACUCAAAUGUCCACGAAACAUCAACUCAAAUGUCCACAAAACAUCAAUUCCAAUGUCCACAAAACAUCAACUCAAAUGUCCACAAAACAUCAAUUCAAAUGUCCAUAAAACAUCUAUUCAAAUUUCCACAAAACAUCAACUUCACUGUCCACAAAACAUCAACUCAAAUGUCCACAAAACAUCAAUUCCAAUGUCCACAAAACAUCAAUUCCAAUGUCCACAAAAAUAAACUCAAAUGUCCACAAAACAUCAACUCCAAUGUCCACAAAACAUCAACUCAAAAAUUCUGCUUCAACAAGUUAUUUUCUGUAACAUAAUCCAACAGAACUGAUCAAUCUUGAGGCAGGAAGUUUACCUCUGGGAAGCAGUGGAUGGUUCCUGGCCAAUGUGGAACAGAAUGGAUAUUAUAGGGUCAAUUACCAGCUGGGCAACUGGGAAGCACUCGCAAAUCAGCUCAAGUCUAACCACCUGGUACAUUAUACUUUGAUAAGCAUGCCUGGGGCUCCGUCCCCCAACCAAAGCUAGUUCUGGACCUCAACCCUGUCAGCCAAAACAUCUAGCCCCCACUUGGCUCUGUCCCCUAACCAAAGCUAGUUCUGGACGUCAACCCUGUCAGCCAACACAUCUAGCCCCCACUUGGCUCUGUCCCCUAAAAAAAAGCUAGUUCUGGACAUCAACCCUGUCAGCCAACACAUCUAGCCCCCUCUUGGUUCUGUCCCUUAACCAAAGCUAGUUCUGGACAUCAACCCUGUCAGCCAACACAUCUAGCUCCCACUUGGUUUUGUCCCCUAACCAAAGCUAGUUCUGGACGUCAACCCUGUCAGCCAAUACAUCUAGCCCCCACUUUCCCCCUCCACCAGGGUUUGCAUACAUCAACCCUGUCCUAUACAUCAACCUCGUCCUAUACUUCAACCCUGUCCUAUACAUCAACCUCGUCCUAUACUUCAACCCUGUCUCAUACAUCAACUCUGUUCUAUUCAUCAACCAUGUCAUUUACAUCAACCUUGUCAUCUCAGCUUCUCUUUCCCCUACACCAGGGGUUCUCUACCUAGGAUUAAAAAAAAUAAAUAUUUUUCACACCCAAACUGGCAAGUCUCACCAUGUGCAUUACAUCUUGAGUUAUGUUUAUACCCAACCUAACAUUGCUGGACAAAAAGAACUGGAUUUUCAUGGAGGGGUGGGGGUGUAGGGAGGGGUGGGGGGAGGGUGGCUGUAAUUAAAGAACUUAAUUUAAAAGUAAAAAUGACUCCAUGCCAGAUGACAUUUUAUUCACUCGUAUUGUAUGUUUAUAAAUCUACCUAAGCUAUUUUUGUAUUAUAAAGUUUUGAAUUCAUUCUCUUCUCUGCACAGUUGAUACCCAUCAUUAACAGAGCUCAAAUCAUCAACGACGCUUGGAACCUGGCAAAGUAUGUUUAUUUACUGUCAGCCAAUAGGAUUGUUGUUUUAGUGCUGCCAAAGUAUGUUUAUUUACUGUCAGCCAAUAGGAUUGUUGUUUUAGUGCUGCCAAAGUAUGUUUAUUUACUGUCAGCCAAUAGGAUUGUUGUUUUAGUGCUGCCAAAGUAUGUUUAUUUACUGUCAGCCAAUAGGAUUGUUGUUUUAGUGCUGCCAAAGUAUGUUUAUUUACUGUCAGCCAAUAGGAUUGUUACUUUAGUUCUUGCAAAGUAUGUUUAUCUAGUGUUAGCCUAUAGGAUAUUUUUUUCUGGAAAAUUGUGUGCGUUUAAUAUGAGCCAAUAUGAUUGUUGCUUUUAUUCAGGCAAAGUACAUUUGAGCCAAUAUUUUGUUUUAAUGCUCAAACAAAGGGAGAUUGGUAUAGCAGUGAACUGAGACAAAAACAUAGCUCUUUAUUUUUGUAAUCAUUUUUACUAUCCCACCUGAAACAUCAUCUAGUAUCCCAUGGGGAUGUGAGCAGGUUCGGAAAGCCUUGACUAAAUUAUCCUUUUAAUAAGAUGAUAUAAGUGUACUCAGUACACAAUAUAGACAGACUAUUGAAAAAUUAUUGGGAUUGAUUUUUUAAAGGAAAUCUAGUAUUAUACAACACAAUUCUUUAUUGUUAAGAAGUUUUCUGAAAGAACAUUUGUGAUAUUAAGCCGCUAUUUGACUAAAAUCAUUGUCUUGACAGAUCCAACCAGGUAGGAUUUGAAACAGCAUUUAAGGUGAUUGACUACCUGGACAACGAGCGUGAAUAUAUUCCUUGGAAUGCUGCGCGUCGCGAGUUGUCGUACAUCAACCGAAUGUUGGCUGUCAAUGUGCUGUAUGGACCUUUCCAGGUGACAUUGUGGGGCAUUAAAAAUCUUAACUACAAAAACAUUGACAGGAUAUUAUGCACUGCUUUUGGGGACAUUAAAAAUGUAACAUCAUGCAGACAUGUGACUCUUGCAGACACAUGACAUCAUACAGACACAUCACAUGCAGACAAAUCAUGUGCAGACACAUGGAAAUAUGCAGACACAUAACAUUGUGCAGACAGAACAACAUGCAGACACAUAAAAAUCAUGCAGACAACAUUAUGCAGACACAUGACAUCAUACAGACACAGCACAUGAAGGCACAUAAAAAUAUGCAGACUCAUGACAUUGUGGAGACAGAUCAACAUGCAGACACAUAACAUCAUGCAUACAAAUCGCAUGAAGACACAUGAAAAUAUGCAGACUCAUAACAUUGUGUAGACAGGCACAUAACAUCAUGCAGGCACAACAUUAUGCAGACACAUGACUUGCAGACAUAUGAAAUCAUGCAUACACAUGACAUUGUGUGGACAUGUGAGAUCAUGCAAACAAUUGACAUCCUGCAGAUACAUGACAUUAUGCAGACACAUGACAUCGUACAUACCAAUUACAAAUUAAAAAUCAGCAUGGUAAAAAUGCUGUGCAUUAAAUCUCAAUCAGCCAAUCGUCAAGAAGCUAGAAACACACACUUUCUAAGAUGAGCAAUGGGUAUUGACAUCUAAAACUUAACUCACAAGUGUUUAGUGUUAUUGUGUUCCUCUUUUCACUUGCAGAAAUUCAUGCAGAAUAAAGUCAACAGCUCUUAUCAAUACUUUGGCUUAAACAACACCGGAUCUUCUCACACGGAUGUGUAAGUUUUAUUUAGGUCACUUUAACUGUCCAUCUGGCAAUGAAGAGACAGCUGCAAUUAAUUUCUCUGAAAGAUGUAAAUCCCUUUGAUUUGACUUAAGUAAUGUUAGUAUGUCAUUUUUAGACUUCUUUAUUAGUUUGUCAUUUUUAGACUUAUUUGUUAGUAUGUCAUUUUUAGACUUCUUUAUUAGUUUGUCAUUUUUAGACUCCUUUGUUAGUUUGUUAUUUUAGACUCCUUUGUUAGUUUGUUAUUUUAGACUCCUUUGUGUGUUUGUCAUUUUUAGACUCCUUUGUUAGUUUGUCAGUUUAGACUCCUUUGUUAGUUUGUCAUAUUUAGACUUUUUUGAGCGUGUAUCUCUAGGUUCUGGAACCUGGAGAUCUGACAAUAUGCACACAAGUUAUUCUCAUGGUACAUCAUAAGACUAAAUAUUAACAAAUUUCUUUACUCUGGCAAUUUUAUCACAGAUACUACAUAAGUCCUAUUUGAACCCUGUGUUAGGCCCCUCUUGAUUAUGCUCAUAAAAGAUGCACACUAAUUUUUAUGCUUUGAAAUUUUUUAUAACAGGGCAGCCCGUGGACUUAUAACAGGUGAAGCUUGUAAGUAUGGCAUCCAGGCUUGUUUGGAUACAACUCAUGCAUUGUAUCAGCAAUGGAUGGCCAAUCCGAGUGACAACCCGUGAGUCAGAUGUUGUUGUUAGUUCAAAUCUUAAGUAACUGCUGUAUCACAAUGAAAGCGAGAUGUUAUAGUUCAAAUCUUGAGUGACUGCUGUAUGACAAUGAAAGUUAGAUGUUAUAGUUCAAAUAUUGAGUGACUGCUGUAUCACAAUGAAAGUUAGAUGUUAUAGUUCAAAUCUUGAGUGACUGCUGUUCACAAUGAAAUCUAGAUGUUAUAGUUCAAAUCUUGAGUGACUGCUGUAUCACAAUGAACGUUAGAAGCUAUUUUAGACAUAAUAAAUGACACACUCUGGAACUUAAAGGAACGCAUAAUUAAUCGUUAUCUUAACACAUUCAAAUGAACAGCAGUGUUUUAUUUUAAGUCCAUCGAGUCAAGGAAUUUGUAGAAAUCAGUCACUGGUGGCUGUCAAAUAGGGUCUGUUACCACACGGUGCUCAAAGGGAGUGUGUCCAGAACGUGGCUAAAAGUUAUGGACGUGCAACACCUCUUUGGUCUUAAUUAAGUCAGUUAAUGAGUGCUAAGGCAAUAUGAAGUGUUUUUUACUUCAAAAAAUAAAUGUGAUCUUCUAGAUUCUUAGACUGUGCUCAUUGUGACUCUUUGUCAAAUGUAUUGAGAUGUGUGCUAUUCAUAAUCUAAUAAUGAUGUUUGAUUUCAUCAGCAUUGACCCCAACUUGAGAACCAUUGUGUACUGUAAUGCUAUUCAAGCUGGGGAUUGGGAAGAGUGGAGCUUUGGCCUCAAAGUAGGUGUUCUUUGAGUAGCAUUGGAUUUAAAGACAUUAACGUUAUUCUCUCCAGUGGAGUGGCAGGGCUUUGAAGAGUAGCCCGCCCUUUGUUUACUUCUGCUACUAGCGUGCAAUCCUGAUUAGUCUAAACAAUUCCUGUUUGGUUCAUAUACUCCAACCAUAUUCAUCCUUUGUUGGUCGAUAUAUUUUCCGGAUAACUCUCCUCUCCCGUGUUUUUAAUAGGUUUUCUGCAGUUUCUGUUAGGGUCCAAGUUUCACUUGCGUAUGUUAAAACUGGUCUGAUUACAGUUUUAUUUGUCUCUUCUUCGUUUAAUAAAGUCAUGCAUUUUGUUUUUUUGGGUUGUUAACGCCCAGCCCUGCUUGUAGUGAUGGGUCUUCUAAUUCGAUGAAGGCUUUUGAUACAUCUUUAAUACUUUUCUCUAACAAUGGUAUAUCACAAAUAAUUAGCAUACAAGACAGUGACUCCCCUUGUCUUAGGCCUCGUCUAAUCUGAAAUUCCCUUGUAUAUUCACCCUGAACCCAGAUUUUGCUUUUUGAGUUGUUCAAUGUUACACGUAUCAUUCUUGUCAGUGUGUUGGGCAUGCCAAACUCCCGCAGAGUCUCAUACCGAUAAUUUCUUUUGAUGCUUUCUGUUAUAGAGUUGAUGUACUGGGAUAUUAUAUUGGUCAAAUUGAUCUAAUAGGCAUCUGGUGGAAAAAAUCUGACCAGUUGUUGAUCUGGUUUGUCUGAAGCCACAUUGGUAGUCACCCAGGACUUGUUCAGUGCACAGUUUUAUUUCUUUUGGCCAUUAGUUUUGUCAGUAUUUUCUAUAUAUAAUAUUUAAGAGGGAAAUUCCUCUGAAGUUUGUGCACUGAAGUUUGGAUCCUUUAUUGUGUAUUGGGGUUAUUAAUGCUGUUUCCCAUUCUGUUGGAAUUUUCUCUUCUUGCCAAAUUUUGUUUAUUUUUCCCUCUCUUGAUAAGUCUUCUAUUUCUCUUAGUUUAGCUUUUUCCAAUUCCCUCUUUUUCUUCCUACACAUUUUUGUGGCUUCCCUUCGGCUUCCUUGUAUGUUUGUCUUGUCCUUCUGGUCUCCUUUUGUAUCAUGGACAUUCGUGCGUUGUUCCUUUCUUGGACAGUCCCUGCAUUCAUUAUCAAACCAGCCUUUUUGGUAAAAAUAUUGUGAAUAUUUCUAUAUCACCAUAAGCAUGGGGUACAUAUGUCAACAUUUCUCUAUCAUCAGAUUUAUGGGGUACAUAUUAUAUGUGAAUAUUUCUAUAUCACACUAAGCAUGGGAUACAUACGUCAUGUUUCUCUUUCAUCAGAUGUAUGGGGUACAUGUUAUAUGAGAAAAUUUUGGCACUAUAGCUUCAAAAGAGUGCUCUCCCUAUGACUUCUUUCUGUGUCCAUCCACACUGGGAACCCUCAGUAAGGACUGUGUUGAAGGACGAAUGUUAUGCACGGAUACAUGUUCAGAAAUCAGUUGUUUAAGAGUUCAGGUGUAGAGUCUUCUAUACAACUGUAUGCCAGGGACAGAAUUUUGGCACUCACUCACAGGAAGCCAAUGGAGAUCUUUAAGAACUGGGGUGAUGUGGUCAGAUUUCUUUAUCCAGGAUACAAUGCCUGCUGCAGUAUUUUGUGCCUUCUGGAGUCUCUGAAUUUGGUUUUGAGGUAAACCCCACAAACAACUGUUACAGUAAUCUAAUCUUGACUGGAUUAGACUUACUGCUACGGCAUUGGCUAUUCUCUUAUUGAGUUGAUAAUGCAAACUUUCAGAUCAUAUCUCAAUAUUGCUCUGUCAUCAAUAAUGUACGGUGUAUAUAUUCUGGUUCUACUUGUGUUCGUUACUGCAUCCAUGUACUGGUAUCUGUGUAACGGUUGGGGGUAUGAUGUUGCUAUUCUAACAGCUCCUAGCUGAUGCCAGGGCAGCCUUGAAGCUUUUGACCGAUGUCAAGUUCACAGUGGCAUUGUCCAGGUUGUUCCAUGCUAUUAUUGUGCGUGGGAAGAAAGAUUGUUUAUACUGCACUGUGUUGCAUUGAGGCAAUUUGAAGCAUUUGCUAUUGUUUCACGUGUGAUUGUUGAUGAUUGUUGGGAAUGUCAGUGGUAAAGUCAGUGUUCAGUGAGCGUUUUGCUCUGAUCAGUCUACCCGAAAUAAUUGCCAUGUCAAUAUUUCUCUACCAUCAGAUGUAUGGUGAAGCCAGUGUUGCCUCAGAGAAAGUCAACCUGCUCAAAGCUCUGUCUUGUGCAAGUAAACCAUGGAUUCUCAACAAGUAAGAAGAGAAGAUUACAGUUGAGAUCAAUAAAAGAACUUACCGGAAAUCAAUAACAGAACUUACCCCAAAUCUAUAACAUAACUUAUCCCAAAUGUAAAACAAAACUUAUCCUAAAUAAAUAACAAAUUAUUCCAAAUCAAUAACAGAUUUUAUCCCAAAUGUAUAACAAAAAUGAUCCCAAAUCAGUAACAGAUCUUAACGUGUCACAAAUCAAUGACAGAACUAAUCCCGGUGGAUAUCUAAACAUUUUAAAAUAAUAUGGAAAAGAAAGAUAACCCCCUAAAUUGGGCCCCUAAUACUUUUAAAGGUUUUUCAUGGCUUCGUUUUGUCUAGGGCCUAAGGUGAAAACUGAAUACUGAUUGCCACAGAUUCCCUCCCUGGAAUUUCAGCCAUGUAAUGAUAAGGAUUGGGGAGCUAAUAACUAUUAGUUUUGUCAGGAAGUCUUUGCAAACUGUCUGUGGACCUAAGACAGUGUCGUGGCUAGGCAUUUGGGGGCCCGGGGGGCUUGGCCUCUUUAGGGGCCCCUGCAUUUUGACAUUUGGAUACUCCUUUGGGGGCCCUCCUCUAAUAGGAGCCUGGGGUGACUUUUGAAUUUGGACCCCCCUCCACUAGCUACGCCACUGACCUAAGGCAUGUUUGCAUGCUUCUGAUCAAGAUCUUUAUUAACAAUAUGGAAAGUACCGGGGUUGCAAGUUCAUGGACACCAGGCUGACACUGUGGAAGGCUCUGAUGGCUUAAAGAUGAUUUAUGGGAUGUAACAGAGCUCUGGUGGCUUAAAGAUGAUUUAUGUUAGUAACAGAGCUCUGGUGGCUUAAAGAUGAUUUAUGGGAUGUCACAGAGCUCUGGUGGCUUAAAGAUGAUUUAUGGGAUGUAACAGAGCUCUGGUGGCUUAAAGAUGAUUUAUGUUAGUAACAGAGCUCUGGUGGCUUAAAGAUGAUUUAUGGGAUGUAACAGAACUCUGGUGGCUUAAAGAUGAUUUAUGGAAUGUAACAGAGCUCUGGUGGCUUAAAGAUGAUUUAUGGCAUGUAACAGAGCUCUGGUGGCUUAAAGGUGAUUUAUGUUAAGUAACAGCUCUGGUGGCUUAAAGGUGAUUUAUGGGAUGUAACAGAGCUUUGGUGGCUUAAAGAUGAUUUAUGGGAUGUAACAGAGCUCUGGUGGCUUAAAGAUGAUUUAUGGGAUGUAACAGAGCUCUGGUGGCUUAAAGAUGAUUUAUGGGAUGUAACAGAGCUCUGGUGGCUUAAAGGUGAUUUAUGUUAAGUAACAGCUCUGGUGGCUUAAAGAUGAUUUAUGGGAUGUAACAGAGCUCUGGUGGCUUAAAGGUGAUUUAUGUUAAGUAACAGAGCUCUGGUGGCUUAAAGGUGAUUUAUGGGAUGUAACAGACCUCUGGUGGCUUAAAGGUGAUUUAUGUUAAGUAACAGAGCUCUGGUGGCUUAAAGAUGAUUUAAGGGAUGUAACAGAGCUCUGGUGGCUUUCUGGAGCCCAAAUUUCAACUGUUUGAACUAUAAUAUUGAGAAAUAUUGGCUAAUAAUAAGUUGUUAAUUUCUAAUCUCCACAGCUACAUGGCAAUUAUUCUGGACAGCAACUCCCCCAUCCGUAAACAGGAUGCUCUCUCUGUGAUCUCACAGAUCUCAUCUAACACAGUGGGCCGGGCACUGGCCUGGAACUUCUUCAGGAGCAACUUUAACCAGCUGAAAGAUUUGUGAGUCAAUAGAUUAUUUUUUAGGCUUACUUUUCAGUAGAAAAGCAUAUAAAAUAAGAUAGAUAAGAAAAGAUAGAUAAGAAUAUUUUAGUGAUCCAAAUAAAUGGUAAUCUUUUUGAUUAAAAUUGAUAUAUUAUUAUUACCCAAACCAGCAAUGCAUAGAAGUAUAUAACAUUUUUACCACAGAGGUCUAACUUUAUAAAUGAAGAGGAAUGGAUGUAUGGACUGACUGACUUUGUAACAGAUGAGGUUUUGACUCAGAUGUGGCCAAAGUCCUGACAUUCUCCAAUAUGAAUCCACUACAUAUGUAUGUUGUUUGACCAACUGACUUUGACUUGUUAAUCUGGCCCUGAGAUGACCAAUACCCACUGAUUUAGUUGGUUAAGUUUUUGACAACAUUGGCCAGCUGCUGAUCCAGCCAUCAUUCUCAUAUAUGAUCAACAAUUUGAGUUCAUGUCAUACGGACACACUUUGAGCAAAUAGCAUACCAUUCGGUGGUCAAGAUAUGAUCCCUUCAGUAGGCAGUGUUGAACUGACACACAUUGGGCUAAUAAAACUAUAGAUCAGUGGCUCUCAACCUUCCUAAUGCAGCGACCCUAUAAUACAGUUCCUCAUGUUGUGGUGGUGAACCUCAACAAAAAAUUAUUUUCAUUUUCACUUCAUAAAUAUGUGUUUUCCGAUGGUCUUAGGCGACUACUGUGUAAGGGUCGUUCGACACCCAGGAUGAGAACCGCUGCCAUAAAUGGUCACUAUAAGACCAAACUUUAUUAUUUGAUUUCUAAGAGUUUUGCAGAUUUGCCAAAGAUGAUUCAUUUUACUAUCUUGGUAGCAACAUACAGAAGCGUAGCUAGAGUAUUUGGCACUGGGGACAAGAUUCAUUUUAUAAAGCCUCCCUCUCUUCUUUCAACUCUCAAACCCAUUAUUUUCAUCAAUAAAAUAAUAUCAAAGCACAUUUUGGCACCCAGGGACAUCUGUUCCCCUCUGCCCCCCCCCCAACGCCUCUGGCAACAUAAGAAAUGUACAGCUGAUUUUGUAUUUUCUUUUCCCGUAACUGUAUCCAGGUUUGGCAGUUCAUUUUUUUCAUGGACCGACGUCAUUGAUUCUGUCACCAGAAAUUUCAAUACACCAUUCGAGCUUGAAGAGGUGGGUCAAGUAUUUAUGUGAAUGUGUUUUUAUGCUGUGGGCAGAUCCACAUAGGCAGUUAAAGGGAAAUGGUGGAUAAAUUAUAAUAAAUUGUUGCACCAUUUUUGCUUAGACAAAGAGGUGAGAUACAUGAUCUUGUUGGCUGCCGUCCAUGGUUUGCCUUGUAAAUGUCAUAGGGUUCAUGCUGUUCUUUAUUUCAUAAUUGUAUUUGAUUUUAAUGUCAUGAUUAUGUCUCUUUUGAUAAUAUUUUUAUGUCCAGCGCGGUGAGCCCAGCCCUAGGCUGAGGUACCGCGCUAUAAAAGACCACUAAUUAUUAUUAUUAUUAUUAUCAUACAUGGGACAGAUGGGGCACCAUUAUUUCUGGGACCAAUUUACAUGGGACAGAUUGGAAACCAUCAUUGUUAGGACUUCUAUACAUGGGACAAAUAGGGCCCCUUCAUUGCUAGGACCCAUACAUAUGGAACAGGGCCCAUACAUACGGAACAGGGCCCAUACAUACGGAAUAGGGCCCAUACAUACGGAACAGGGCCCAUACAUACGGAACAGGGCCCAUACAUACGGAACAGGGCCCAUACAUACGGAACAGGGCCCAUACAUACGGAACAGGGCCCAUACAUACGGAACAGGGCCCAUACUUACGGAACAGGGCCCAUAAUCUUAGCACAAAAAUAAAAGAAAGUGCAAUCAUCUAAUAUGGUCUUCAAGAAAUAACUAGGGGAACAAAUUAAACAGCUUUGGGAACAAAUUAAACAGCUUUGGGAACAAAUUAAACAGCUUUGGGAACAAAUUAAACAGCUUUGGAACAAAUUAAACAGCUUUGGAACAAAUUAAACAGCUUUGGGAACAAAUUAAACAGCUUUGGGAGCAAAUUAAACAGCUUUGGGAACAAAUUAGCGACUUGAUGAACAGAUUAACAGCUAUGGGAACAAAUUAACAACUUGUGGAAAAAAUUAACAAUUUGGGGAACAAAUUAACAACUUUGGGAACAAACUGACAACUUGGGGGGGGUGGGGAUUAACAACUUGGGGACAAAAUUAACAACUUGGGGUACAGAUCUUGCGGAAUAAAUUAACAACUUGGGUAACAGAUCUUGGGGAGCAGAUCUUGGGGAACAAAUUAACAACUUGGGAAUAAAAUAACAACUUGGGGAAAAAUUAACAACGUGGGGAACAAAUUAACAACUUGGGAAACAGAUCUUGGGGAACAAAUUAACAUUUUGGGGAACAAAUUAAUAAUUAUGGGAACAAAUUAAACAGCUUGGAAAUAAAUUAACAGCUUGGUGAACAGAUUAACAACUUGGGGAACAAAUUAACAAAUGGGGGAAAAAUUCAUGAGGAACAAAGUAACAAAUGGGGGAAAACCUUGGGGAACAAAUUAACAACUCAGGGGAACAGAUCAACAACUGGGGAAACACACUUAUAUUUGUACUUACUAAGAAAAGAAGUAUUCCCAAAAUAUUUCAACAUACUUGUAUUUGUACUUAUUAAGAAAAGGAUGUAAUACCAAAAUAGUUAAACUUACUUGUAAAUGUAGCCCAUAAAGUUUCAUGAUUUAAUAUUAUCAUGGUAGGUGAAAUAUUUUAAUUGUAUCAGGACAGUGGUCGGCAAACUCAUUAGUCAAAAGAGCAAAAAAUCAGCAGCAGGACGAUUAAAAAAUGUUUGAGAGUCAAAUUCAUUUUUAAGAACCUGUCAAGAACCAUGUUUUUUGGAGUCAAAACCAAUUUGUGGCUGACAGGCAGAGCCGCACUCAGGUCGCUAAGGGCUGCAUGCGGCACGCAAGCCGAAAUUUGCCGACCUACUGUACUAGGAAAAGGAUAGGGGACUAAUGUCAAAAUUGUUAUGCAAUGUAUGUUUAUUUCUAAUAGGUAAAGGCCUUCAGGAAAAGUCAGGAAGGCAACUUUGGUUCAGGGGAGAGAGCCAUUGAGCAGGCUGUGGAGAAAGUCAGCUCUAAUGUGAAAUGGAUGCAGGCAAAUGAACAAGUGAUCAGAAGAUUUUUGACAACUACAGGAUAUAUAAGCUAAUUUGAUUGGUUUAAAGUACUGGUCAUUUAAUAACAAUGUACCUGAUUGGUCAAUUCCAUUGAUUGGUUGAUAUGAUAUAUGAAUCCUUCUUUAUUAUUACUUUGCUUAUUCGUUUCACCAACCCCACCCCACCUUACUACAUUUUAAACCAUGCUACUCGAAACUGAUUCAGACCCAACACAUCUUACUACAUUUUAAACCAUGCUACUUGAAACUGAUUCAGACCCACCCCACGCCACUACAUUUUAAACCAUGGUACUUGAAAGUGAUUCAGACCCACCCCACCCCACUCUGAAAAUGAGAUGGAGUAUAUGUUAAUGUAAUGAUACUUCAGUUUUUAUGUUUCAACAACUGUAAUAGUGAUGUACUCAUUUGAAAAACAAAGCCUUUACAAAUAUUUAAAAUAAUAUGUACAUUUUGAUUCCCUUACUUAUAUGUGAUGUGUAUUUACAGUCAAUAACCAGAUGCUAAUGUUAUAAUAAUUUUUAUAGAUAAUAAUCUCAGUGCUAUCAGGAUUUAUUAAGUUAUUUAAUAUUACUCAGCAAUUAUUGUGAAGCUCAGCAGUCAUAUUUGUUUCAGUAACAUUACAAUCAAAAUCAUUGGAAAUCCUAUGGGACCAUCCAUAUAGUAUGUACGCACUAAGUGGGGAAGGGUUAUGGAUCGUCCAUUUUGUAGUUUUUGCAUAUGCCUGAGUUGUUGAAAGCUCUUUGUACGUAGGCAUGGGGGGGGGGUGUUUAAAAAAAUAUGUGUACAACAGGUGGGAGCGGGUAAAAAAAUGGUUAUUUUUUGAAUAUGUACCAUAUGGAUGGUCCCUUACUUGCCUCCUUAAAGCUUUCCACUUGAAGAGUCCUACACAUUGUUUUAUACAUGGAUCUUUCUAAAUGGACCUGUUGACUUAAAUAUUUCCAUUGAUGUAUGUUGAUUUGUAUGUUUAUAUCUCUUAAUUCAUAUGUGUGUACACGUUCAAAAUUGAUCAAGCGAUAUGUAUUUAUUAAUUCAUACUCCGAAUAAACAUUGUUACAGGAUAUUUUAAAGCUGUGACAUUAAAGAAUGUGGAUGUUGAAAACUUUUGCUGUUGUGUGGCUAGCACAAGACAAUGGGGAGGUCAUGGUCAUGGUCAGAUCCAAAGCCAAUUCAUCGUAAAGUUCCGACAUAGCCAUCCACCAUAUUUUAAAUAAGGCCAGCUGUUCUGAAAGGCUCCCAACCGUAUUGUAUCGUGUCAUCUAUUGACUUUUACUUGUUUUAAUUGACAAAAAAAUGUUGUUUUUUUAAACUUCAAAAGUUGAAUGUCAUUUCAAUAAGGUGAGGUAUGAUAAAUUUUUACAUGCACCCAAAGGAAAUUUUUCCUAUGGUCAAUUACUUCCAAUCUUUAUAUCUACCAAUGUUGACAUGCUC